AUGUUCACUUGUAGCGUGUGUAGUGAAACUUUUGGCCAUCUAACGAGCCUUAAAAAUCAUAAAAAGGUUCAUAAAAACUGGUAUAAAGUUGAUGAAACUGACGACUCUAACGAAUUAGAUAUUAUAAGUAGAAGAAAUAAUUAUAAUGUUGAAAGUAAACCUGACAAUAGUAUGGAUACUUAUAAUUCUGGCGAAUUAGACAUUAUAAACAGACAAAAUAGCUAUUCUGUCAAAGGUGAAAUUGACAACAGUAUGGAUACAUAUAAUUCUGACGAAUUGGACUAUCACGUAGAGGGUGAAAUGGACAAUAGUACGGAUAUGUAUAAUUCUGAUGAAUUAGAUGCUAUAAAUAGACAAAAUAAUGAACUGACAUUUGACGAUCAAGAAAGUGCUGAUGAAUAUAACCUGACAUUUGAUACUCUAAGUAUUGCUGAUAAAUCGAAUCUAAUAUUUAAUAACCGGGGGGACAUAUUAGAAAAUAGCAAGAUUAUUAACGAAGCUGAAUUUCAGAGUGAUGUUAGCGAAAGUGAAAUAGACAAUACAGAUUUUCCAAGUACUGCAUACCGAGAUUUCAUAGACAUAGUAAUUAGAUAUAAUCUUUCUUAUACGGCUGGUGACGCUGUAUUAAAGUUUAUGAAAAGACAUGGUCAAAUUUCAAAAAAAAUUCUGCUACGAUCAACAAAAGAUGGCCUUCUUUUCUUGGACACAUUGAGGAAGGAUCAUACGAAGUUUCAUUCAACUCCUGUUGCGCAAAUUAAAGACCAAACGUAUUCAUUUGAAUAUAGGCCAAUUAUUUCUGCGGUCAAAGAGAUUCUUCAACAUCAAGAAAUUACUAAAAGUUGUAUUUUUGAUUAUCAGGAAGUUUACACGUUAGUUGAAGGGCACCAAAAAAGACUAUUCUCUGAAUUUUAUAAUUCUAAAUGGUGGAGUCCUGAAGCUAAGGCACUUGUUGGUAUCAUACCAACAUUGCAAGGAACAAAGGAAGAACGGCAAACAUCACAGUUCAGGCAAUUAAUUCGAUUAAUUUUUCACAAAUGUAUUAAUAUAUUGAUUGAGCCAUUACGUUCACAGUAUCAUUCUGGAGUAUCAUUAAAGAUUACUAGAACAGAAAUCCAAAUGAGACAAGCCAUUGAAGUGGGACAAGGCAAAGACCACUCAUUACAUGAAGAAACCAAUAGUUUUUGGAAUCAUCCAAAUACACUUGUUAAUAAAAUGGAUCAAAGGCUCGGAUUGAUACCACGUCAUCCAGAGCUAAAGAUAUUCAGCACUGGACUUGCUGAUCUUGCAUUGUUUACGGCAUCAGAAUACAGGCACAUGAUGAAAGUUAUGCCUUUUGUUCUCGAAGGUCUUUUUGAAAGAAAAGAAAAUGAAUUGCUCAUUCAAAUGUUUGUCAAUUGGAAUAAAAUAUAUUUUUAUUCAAAACAAAGCAAAUUUACUCAGACUGAUCUUGUUCAGUUUGAGAUCCAUACUAUCGACGACGCAUAA